AUGGGCUCGAGAAGUUCCAACUUACUCAAGCUCCUCUUUUUCAUCUCCUUUCUCCUCUUCCUCGUCAUCUUCGUCCUCUACCACAUUGCAGCCUUAUCACCACGCAUUGAGGCAACUGUUGCAGAAGAUCCAAUACCACGCACUUCCUCAAGGCUCUCCUUUUUCUUUCCGGAUGAUGCCCUCCCCGCCAAAACCGGCUACCUCUCCGUCAAUCAAACCAGCAGCUCUGCAAUUUUUUAUGCCUUGUACGAAGCUCAGGACCCCAUUUCGCCGCUCUCCCAAACCCCAAUUGUCGUAUGGCUCCAGGGCGGCCCCGGCUGCUCCUCCAUGGUCGGCAACUUCUUCGAGAUCGGCCCCUGGCGCGUGACAUCUCGUUCUGAUUCUUUUGUACUUGAAUCCAAUCCGGGUUCUUGGAACCGCAUAUUCGGCCUUCUUUUUCUUGAUAAUCCAAUUGGAACCGGGUUUAGUGUUGCUUCUACACCGGAAGAAAUCCCAAGAGACCAAUUUUCUGUUGCCAGCCAUCUUUUUGCUGCGAUCACUUCUUUUAUUGAAUUAGACCCUCUGUUCAAGUCUCGCCCGCUAUACUUCGCAGGUGAGAGUUAUGCUGGGAAGUUCGUUCCAGCGAUUGGGUACCAUAUUUUGAAGGCGAAUGCUUACUUGCCGGCUUCAAAGCGGGUGAACUUGGGCGGCGUUGCUAUAGGGAACGGGUUGACGGAUCCGGUGAACCAGGUUUCCACUCACGCUGCGAAUGCUUACUACUCUGGUUUGAUCAAUGAGAGGCAGAGAAAUGAGUUGGAGAAAUUGCAGCGGGAGGCAAUUAAUCUGACCAAAAUGGGCAAGUGGAGAGAGGCAACAAACGCAAGAAGCCACGUUCUGAGUAUGUUGCAAAGAAUGACAGGGCUGGCGACAUUGCAUGAUUUUAGCAAGAAAGAUCACCCGUACGAAACGGAAAUGGUUUUUGAUUUUUUAAGGAAAGAAGAGGUGAAGAAGGCUUUGGGAGUGAAGGAAACGUUGGUUCAAGACGUGUGCAGCGAUGAUGUGGCGGCUGCUCUGCACGGCGAUUUCAUGAAGAGUGUGAAGUUCAUGGUGGAAUUUUUGGUGAAGAGGAGCAAGGUUUUGCUGUAUGAAGGGCAUCUGGAUAUGAGGGAUAGUGUGGUUUCAACGGAGGCAUGGGUGAAGACAAUGAAGUGGGAGGGGCUUGAGGAGUUCUUAAUGGCAGAGAGGAAGGUUUGGAGAGUGAAUGAAGGGCUUGCUGGGUAUGUGCAGAAAUGGGGGAAUUUGAGCCAUGCUGUGGUUUUAGGAGCUGGGCAUCUUGUGCCUAGCGACCAGGCAUUGAGUUCCCAGGCAAUGAUAGAAGACUGGGUUUUGGAGAGGGGUUCGUUUGGCUACGAGGAUAUUCAGAAUGAGUUAUUAUUUACACUUUUUGAUUAG